GCUCGCCAACCUCACUCACCAUGUUUCUGCAUCCCUUUGCGUCUUUUUACCUUGCGUUCUGAUUGCAGAUAUUCCACUCCUUUGCCCCUGCCCCAUUGUCUGUCUCUCCUCCAUGACGGCCUGAGGGGACCAGGAUCGCCGAGUGCGAGUGUCUAGUGAGCUGGCCAGCCCGUGUCGCACAGCGCCCUCUUUCGAUAUUCCUCUGCGCCAUCAUGGGCGCCUGUUCUUCCUGCCUUGGCCGAGGCCAGAGUCGCGAUCUAUCUGACGAGGACGAGCAGUCUCGAUUACUUUUCGACGACCCCCACGGAAAUCACUACGGCAGCUUCGGAGACCAAAAUGUCGGAAUCGUACAAGCAGAUCCACAAGAGGUUCAGCGAGAGACGGAGGCCCUGCAGAAGGUCGUGAUGCAAACGUCUAAUCACUUGGUCGAUAUCUUUGCUAUGGUUCCCCAGGCCGCGCCACCGCCCUCAAGCACCGUGUUUCCUGCUCAGGAUGCCAGACUGCUACACUACCAGGACGUUCUCGCAAAGAUGUCUACAAACGAAGCGCCAACCGGACCCAAUCAAUUCCCUGCCAAGAACACACAAGACGCCUCCGAUGGAUGGUUAUCGGAAGAUGAUGAAGUGGAGGAAAUGAAGACAUUCACGCCUGUCAAGUCAGAAGGCAUAGGGCCGCUGCUGGGAGGAUUUGCAGACGGGGAUUUGGCCAUGGAGUGAACAUGGUAAUCUAUUCCUGCGAGCAUGUUUGUGUUCCACGGCGUUUGGCGUCGUAUGGUUGUCACAAUAUCCUCGACGACGACCAGACCUUCGCCGCACCUUCAGGAUGGACAGAUGAAUAUUAGGAUUUGACUGGACCAGCUAAGCGUGAUUGACUAUGCGCUGUAUCCUUCAAACAUUCCCUUUUGUCAAAAACGCUUGCUCACUGGCUGCUGAGUCGUUCGCCAGAGCCUA